AUGGCUCCUAAUGGUUCAAGGGAGUAUAUCUCUUUAGGAGCCCUCAACAGAAACGCGCAUAACGACGAUGACGCCGAAGAGGAACAACCGCAUCACAAAAGCAAUAUCUGGCAUCGAAUUGAUACCACCAGUGUUCUGACUGUGAGCCUCGGCUUCCCGCUACUGCUUCUCGCAGUGAUACUCCUGGCUCUGUUCUGGCACGAGUCAAUGAAAGCUAUCGGCGGGGCAGAGUCAAAUACCUACUGGCUGCGCAUCGUCAAUGCAGGCUGGGCAGCGCAACUGGUGACAGUAUGCACCGCCUCUAUCCGAACUGUGGUCGCUUUCCAGGCCGGACUUGCCACGGCUAUGAUUGCCGGUAUUGUUUUGGAGACCACAGGCGCCCCCAUCCUGCAGGGUCCAUUUUACUCCAUGCUCCGAGCAGUCAAGGUGGCGCCCAGCAACCUUUGGACUGCGACCAACUUCCAGCCUCAUCUGUCGUACUUCAUUUAUGCGUUGGUGCUCACUGAGGUCUUGGUGACAGCAGCGUCCCAGUUCCUGUCCACCAUCUUCCUCUCUGAUUUUGGAAAUGGGAACUUCUCCCAGCGCAGCAAUGCGACAAAUGUCAGCAUCCUCCAUACCACGAGUAACGCCGACAUUUCAUGGUUGGCGCCUGCUGCGGCCAGCUGGACAUUUGCCGAGCUGUCGGAGUCCUUUGAAGAUCGGUCGGGGUACCAUGAUACUGGGCACACCUUUCGAGCUUUCCUUCCUUUCGAGGAGGAAGCGCAACGAACCAAAUUACGCCGGCUCCGCGGUCCAAUGCCGGUAAUGGAUCAUCGAGUCGUCUGUUCCAGUCCGCCCCUAACGAACUUGAGCCUAGAUGCGACCCUGCAGAAUUAUGUGCAUCUGUCCGGCCAGAUUCCCACAAAGAACUUGACCUAUCCACUUUUAAUUGACUCCAACUCUCAACCCUACAUCAACUUUACCUGCAAAUUACCGACUCCAAUGUACGCGCACGACAACAACACGAUGGGUGAAAGCAGCUUAUGUGUCCCACACACCCGCUUAAACUGGACGGUUCUCAACGAAGACCCUCUGAUCCAGCCGUACGGCCUCCCCGAGACCUCAGCCCUAUUAAUGGUUCUCGAUGUUGUUUCCACCGCCGCAAUGGUGGGCACACUAGCACACAUCCGAGCCUUGCAGACAAUCCGAACGGACGGCCCCUGGACGAUACUCUCUAACGGAUCCGCCCACACCGAAACCCUCCGCGUUUCUGCCUGCCUCGCCAAUCUCGCCAUGCAAACCCUCACCGUCGGAAUAAACAGUACCUCUGACAACCUCGAGCCCAAGACUGCCUGGGACUUCAACACCGAACACUUCAACACCGAACCAUCCCGCCUCCAACUAGGCGUAUCCUCCCCAGUCAACACGAGCUCCACCAACCACCGGGGUAUCCUCACGCUAGAACCCCGAUCCCAAUGGAAAACCUUUGAUAUCCCAGCUGGUACCCCAGGAAUGGAGAUCGACUCGAUCACCUUCUUCGCGGCCAUCCUCGUCAGCUUCCCCAGCUUCCUUAUUUCCAAUCUCAACUACACCUUCAAUGAUGGCGUGAUCCUCUCUCGCAUAAUUCCAUCUUUCUACUUAGGCAACGCCCAUCCGACCCAUGUGGAUCUUUUCCAGGACACUCUGAUUACGACGGCCAGUCCGGCAUUAGCCCUCCAGGCUCUGCUCGCCCGCAUUUGUCAGAUGGCAUACUACGAGCAAUUGGUAAAGUUGACUACUCCGGCCACGGCCGUGACAACGUUCUCGUUUACCGCGACGAUUCCGGUGCGGUGGACGGGUUUUGUGCUGGGGAUUAUUCUCGUUUUGGUUCACUCGGUUAUUGUGGUGGUGAUUGCCGUGCUGUUUGUGAGGUCGACGGAGGUCUCGUUCAUUGGGAGUUACUGGCAGACGGUGGCGCAGGUGGUUUCGAAGGAGACGGGGCUGAUUCUGGAGGAGGCGGAUCGGAUGGAUGAUGGGGCUGUAGAGGAGUGGGCUAAGCGGGAGAAGGUGGUGGAAUUAUCUGAGGAUCGUUGGGCUUUACAGGCGAAUGCUGAUGGAAGGGUUACUUUGGGGGUUGUAGAAAGUGGAGAGUAG